AUGACAAUCUCUACUACUCUCCUCCUCUGCGCCAGCACACUUCUUCUCGCCUCUCCUGCUGCCGCGCAAACUUUCCCAUACGUUCCCACGGAGAUUCUCAUGCCCGAUCCAACAUGCGUCGACGGUAGCGUUCCAUGUAGUGCUUCGAACCUAGCGUACAUAUUUCGACAAACAGCUUCGGGCAAUGUUGGAUUUCAAUCCCUCGACUUUUCCAAGAGCAUCGAUGCGGAUGAGGUCAGCCUCGAGCCCGCAAGCAAUGAUACUGUCUUACCUUUUCUCGACGGUAGUUCCAAGAGCACUGCCUUUGGUGCUGCGAGAACAGCGAAUGGCUCUGUACUCGUUUAUGCCGGCGACUGCGAAUCUGGUAGCGGAGAUGUCUGGAGCUUCGACUAUAGCAACGGCCAAGGCGAGUGGUCUCGUCGGGGUCUCAAGAAUGGCGGCGACACCCGUCGUGCACCGUAUUUCCUCGGAGGCACCGUUGCCUUUUCCUCCAGCCUCGCUCCUGACAUGGACCAGCCAACUCUUUAUACUUAUGGAGGAAUGUGCGAAACACCCGAGUCUGGAAGUGAUGCGACGAACUGGCAGAGCAAUGCCAACUACACCAAAUCGAUGCUGAGACUCGCACCUCAUGAUAGCGAUGCUUUUACCUCGUAUGAGAUGAGCGUCGCCUCCAGUGGUGGACCCAAAACACCCAUUGCAGGCUUUACUCUAACUGGUCUCACGCCCUCAAUGACCAAUAAAUCUGGCAUUGUGACGCAGCAGAUGAGUUACGUACUUCUUGGUGGACAUACCAAGACAGCCUUCAUCAACAUGAGCACAGUCGCUGUCUGGAAUCUUCCCGCGGAGUCGUGGAGUUAUGUCAAUAUUCAAGCUCCAAACGUUGAUACACCAAAGUCAGACCUUGCUGUGAAAGAUACGAGCUCUCAGAAUCGUCGCAGGAGCACAAACACUGCUGAUAAUGUCUACAGUCGUUCUGGGCAUACUGCGACACUCAGCGAGGAUGGAAGCUCUAUCAUUGUUAUAGGGGGGUGGGUUGGCGAUGUUAACACCCCCGCCGAACCACAACUUGCCAUUCUCGAGAUGAGCGAGAUCUACAGCGGGUGGCAGUGGAAGAUCCCUGAAGAACAACCUGAGUUCAAUGGGAUCUACGGCCAUGGCGCUGCAGUGUUGCCAGGAAAUAUGCUCAUGGUCUAUGGCGGGUGGGAGUCUUCGGGCUCUUCCUCGCGGAAAGUGAAGCGUCAAGCCUCAUCUGGAACACUUCGUUUCUACAAUAUCACGUCAGGUUCAUGGGGAUCCCAAUACACAAACCCCGCCUCUAGCUCAUCGGAUGAUGAUAACGACGCGCCCAAGGAUGAUGACAAAGGAUCAAACUCAAAGCGCCUUGGCCUCGGUCUUGGUCUAGGCUUUGGUAUCGCUGCACUGAUAGGCAUCAUCAUUGGUGCUCUGUGUUGGUACAAGAGACGCAAACGGCAUAUCAGCAACCGAGAGGAAGCUGUCAGGGCGCUGUCUCAAGAUCCCAACUACUAUAACAACGAAUACCCCGAGAUGAUGGAAAAUGAUCCUUGGGGGCUCGACAGUGCCCCUUGGUAUGGUACUGGUGAAAGCCCUUAUGCUGCUGGCGAGCGAUCUCUAGGCUACGAGUCUAUGAGGGGCGCUCGAAGCGGUCAUCCUGGACUUCACAUCCCACACAAAUCUAUGGCAAGACCGUCACGAGGAGGAUAUAUACCGACGGGACCACGGCCAACAAGUUUCCCGGGUCCAAUUCAUCCGAUUUAUGAGGACGAUGAAGAGGAACCCUAUCAUAACCGAGGCCUUUACGAUCACGUCCCGACUCCUACAUCAGAGGUUCCUUCAGAUCCUUUCCAGACUCCAGUCGCAGGCGUGGGUCCGAAUAAUAUUCCUCACCCCAUCUGCCUGACUCCUGGUGGUAAUAGAGCCUCGGCAACACCUAGCCCUGAGAGCCCACGACAUGAUCCAGAGGUUCAAGAUUGGGUCACUGAGGUUGAUGCUGCGGAAGGACUGCUUGCACGCAUGAACAGUCGACGAAGCCAACACCAGAAUGUACAGAACCUCGAUAGCGCUGAAGGCUUGCUUGCGCGCAUGAAUAGCCGUCGAAGCCAGAACCAAGGAAGCGUGGGUCACAGCCAGGGUCAUUCUUCACCAACGCGGCAUAACUCGACCCGUUCAGCUGCUCUGAGAGAUGAUGAAUCACGAAGCGGAUCAAACUUGUCCGAGUCAGCACGGAGCGCAGCAGAAAGCAUCAAGGCCAAAGCACGUCAACUAAACCCCCUCGCUCCCGCGUUCCUAGCCGCUGGUGCCGAGCACCCUAAGCCAGGCAGUUCGUCGUCUAGUAGUUACAACACAGCCCGCUCGUCAUUUGGUGUUCUUCAAGCAGAGGGUCCUUCGUUACUUAUGGGAGACCGAGGUCCUCGCUACGAUGAUGAUGAGCCUUCGUCGCCGUCCAAGUCAAAGCCACGUAGGGGGUGGCUAGGCUCUCUUCGGCGAGUGUUUUCAGGGGCUAGCACCCCAACAUCGUCCCGCGAAGAUAUGUCUGGUAUACGCCGUUCGUUCGAUCAAGAGCCCGUGGCUGGUGAUUACGAGCCCGGCCUGGUUGGCCUACGUGGCGAGCUUCUUAGAAGGAAGAAAGGUCGACAGGACUGGGAAGGUGUUGAAGGCGAUUCGCAUGGUGCGAUGAUGUCUGGUGGGGCCGGACCCGAACCUGGAGCUGAGUCUGACUGGGAUAUCGAGAAGGCUGUUGAGCAGCGAUUGGUACAGGUCAUGUUCACUGUCCCUCGAGAACGCUUAAGAGUUGUUAAUGGCAACGAGGAGGGAAGCGAUCGAGAGGACGAUGUGCCAAUGGAGCCGCACAAGGCUGAGUUUGUUGAUCCAGAUAACGAGAGUCAGACGUCAGGAGGUGUCCGUAUUCGUGAGAAGCGGGAUGAACGCGAACUUGGACAUGCUGGCAUUCGACAAGUGGCGCAACCAAAGAGGGAUGAUGAGAUUAAUGAAAAGCAGCCUCUUGUUCAGGAUGAUCAAGAGCAGCUGAAUGAGAGGCGUCGUCUUGAGGAAGAGAGACAGCGCCUGACGGAUGAGAAGCGUGCUGAGGAACACCGUCUCGCGGAAGAGCAAUCUCGACAAGCACAACAGAAGGAUGAGGAGUCUGCGAAGAGAGAUCAACCACAACCUACACCGCAAGAACAGCAACCUCCUCCAGAAACACUACAACAAACGAAACCCCCUCAUCUCCAGCCACCUCAACCUCUCUUCCAGCGCAGCUCCCGGGAUUCUUCACCGUCAUCAUCACGUUCUGCCUCCCCUCUACCAUCUCCUGGCCACCCCUCCCACUCAAGACGGCACACACGAGGCAACUCAAACAACUCAGUCGGCGGCUUCCUCCACCCAGAUCUGGCUCCACUAGAGCCACGCUUCUCACACGAAACAGAUCGUUCCUCGGGUGUACUUCUCGAGGCUCAAGCAGUUCCCCUCACACGAGAACGAGCUCGAACACGCGUCUUGGCUAUGGUCGAUAGUUUCGAGAGUCUAAGUCGCGAGAAUAGCCCGAGUCCCACACGGUUCCAGUAG